CCGAUUGUUGCAAAUAUUUAUAUGCAAAUGGCGCUUGAUUGUGAGUUAGUAAGUUCGCCGGGGGAUUUACUUUUACCCGGAUUGGUGCAACAGGUCUUUAAUAAAUACCAACGGCAAAAAGGCAUUAGCAUAACGAAGACUGAACGUGCCGAAUUGUUUACGGAAUUAAGCGCAUUGUUGAGCGAAGAGCUGCUGGAGAGAACACUGCGGCUACUUGAUGAGUGGAGCAUUAUUAUCUACUAUACACCAGAUCGUUUACGUAGCAUAGUUGAAUUUGACAGCAAGCGAAAUUUAGCGCAGGUUGUGCGCAUUAUUCCUGGUGUGAACUAUUGCAAGUGUCGCUAUUUCCAACGCUGCGUUCUGCAAUUGCCCAAAAGCGAAGGCGACGAGAAACUGGAACUGGACGACAAUUACAAUCAAGUAUCGUUCACCUGUGAUCAUAUGCUGGCCCAGCGCUUGCAUCAGCUACUAAAUCCAAAGCCGAGGGAACAGGUCUUAACGCUUUCGCAGUUUAGAUAUUUCCAGGACGAUAUCUAUGCGGAUUAA